AUGAAUGCCGAGCCGAAAAUACACAUCAGCAUUUUGAAAGAGGCUGUGAUGCCAGUCCUUGUGGUUGUAUGCUCAGUAGUGCACUUGCUAAACGAUGGAAUAUUAAACAUAGCAGCACUGGCGAUGUUCAUGACUUACGAAUACGCAAAUUUCCGCUUAUUCAUCAUAGAGAACUUGAUCAUAUUUUUCCUGAACGUCAUCCAGUACUACCAGAGCUUAUUGGUGGAGCUGAUCACUCCGAGAGAGGCCGUGCUAGUCAAACUAUGCAACAUCCAGGACAGGCUAGCUGAUGUCAAUUCUAGGAUUCAGAAGGUCUACGGAUUCCCGCUUCUUUGUAUGGUCCUAAGCGAUUUCUGUUUCAUCAAUGUCAACAUGUUCUUCGUGGUUAAAAGAAUAAAGGAUCCGGGUGUGCUGAUCGUGAUCAGCUGGGUCACUAUUGUUUUCCUUAUGAUCUUCAGGAUAGCCAUUGUAUGUGAACGAAUGAAGGAAAAGGGGGAAGAAUUCUACUCGGUUCUCUAUAGGGUUGUGAAAAAAGAGAAAACCUGCAAACUUCUUAAUAACAGUUAUUUGAGAGCCCACUUAUUAAAGAAAAAAACGUUUUCCUUCAAUCUUGCUGGUUUUGUCGAAGUGGAUAUGAAUCUCGUUGCAGGGGUAAUCUCUGCCACGGCUACAUAUACGAUCAUUCUUAUACAGAUGGGAAAGGACUUCUGA